AUGAUGUGUGUACAAACAAAGAACAUCGGAAUGUCGGACCAACUUGCAACAAUGGCAAUUCAACGUUACAAAGGCGAGGCUUUGUUGAGCGAAAAUUCAAGCAACGCCUUUUCCUACAGGAAUUUAAAAAGGCUGGACGUGCAGAAAUUUGUAGAUGAAUUAAGAGAUGCCCCAUGGGAAGCAGCUUUCGUCUUUGAAGAUACUGACGACAUUGUUGACAUCUGGUACAAAAUAUUUACUGAUGUUCUUGACUCUCAGGUACCUGUGAAACAGAAAAGAUUAAAAAAGAGAAUGCAGCCAAAAUAGUUCACCACGGAGAUCAGUGAUCAUAUCAAGGAAAGAGAUGGAUUGCUUAACAAGGCCAGGAUUUCUGGAAGUCCGGAUGACUGGGCUACCUUUAAACAAGUAAAAAAUAAAGUCUGCAGCUUAAUGAGGAGUGCCAAAGAGCAGUAUUUCAAAAACCAACUCGCUGAACAUGAAAAUAAUCCCAAAAGGUUGUGGGGCCUUAUUAAAAAUCUUACUAGACAUGAUGUGAACAAUCAUGCUUCUAUACGUCAGUUGAAAGAUGGAGAUCAAGUGAUAACAAGUACACUGGACAUCGUGGAAUGCCUUAAUUUUUGGUCUGUAAAGGAGCCCCUCGAACUGCUCCGAAAUCUACCCUCAAAUAAAGUGAUACAUAUUUCUCUUCAGCGCAUAAAAGACUUAAGAAAGGAUGAUAGAAAGGCACAGUUCACUAUCUCAUAUAUCACACCAGAAAACGUUGAGAGGUUAUGCAAAGCAUGCCAUUCCACAAGGCUACUAGGUCUGAUGGACUUGGUGCACAAAUACUUGAAAUAG